CUUGCUCCAGACAUAACACGCAGUGCUCUUCAAAUGGGUCGUCUAAGGAUUUUAACAUUAUUAUUAUGCGCAAUUUCCUACUAUGUGCUUUGCAGCUGUAAAUUCUCGGACAAAACCGGCUUUCAGCUAAACGAUUACCACAACGCCUUUCGACACUCUAUUGCCGCUCUUCGUAUGACCGAUGAUUUUCUAGGACCGUUGCGGGUGAAACGUUCACAGAAAUACGAUAAUUUCGUGCAGUACCCUAGCAGAGAAACCGAAAUUGCACCUCAUCUCGGCUUCGAUCGUAUUCCUUUAAACGACUACAAUCGCAUAGUGAGCGCCCUAAAAGAGAUGCUGCGUGCACGUGACGAAAAACCCGUAAUGUUGCGGCCUCGGCCGGGUCGACGUUCCGCAGUUGGGGAAGCUCCGCUUUGGCAAUACUUCAUAGAUGAAGCUGACAACUUGAAUCUCAACACUGCUGAUACCGUGGCCAUCGUGGGCGACGAGGACGACGCGCUAACGGACACAUCAUUGAAGAAGUCGGCGCCUUUCAAGCCCCGACUGGGUAAACGCGGCGAAGUCCUAAAAUACCAGUGAAUCGUUCGUGGCGUUGCAGCACUUGCGCGCACCGAAGUGUUGGCGGAUGAGCGCUGAGUAGGCGGUGUGUUAGUUGGCAGUGCGUUGCCGGUGUGGCUCGUGUGUUGCAUAACAUCUGUACGCAUAUCUGGAUAUGUAAAUAUUUCUUAUUUGCUUUGAUUGGUGCACAUUGCGGUUCAGCGGCUGUGUGGUCCUAACGGUUUUGCUGGUUUGUCAAGGCUUUUGUUGGCGACCAACAAUAACAAAAUUCACCUAACCUACACACACACACAUACUUAUCACAUACGAAUAUUAAAUUACGUUCGAAAAUUACAACGAAAAUAUGAA